CCGCUGCAUGCGCAUCGAAACUCCUCCCGGUGGUUGCGCGGACGCAUCAUGUGGCCAACACCAGCCUGACGGACGUCGCCGCGCACAGGGGACAGACAGCCUGUGUAUAAAAAGCGGUGCAGCUGUCAGGUGGAGGACACUGAGGGGACACUCAUCGCUCCACAAGAGGAUCGACGCGCCGGCUCCGCAUUCUCACACACGUCCAAACUCCCACAAUGUCUCACGCUUGGGGAUACGCAGCGAGCAACGGACCCGACAAAUGGGCCGAUAACUUCCCCAUCGCCAACGGGCCCCGCCAGUCGCCCAUCGACAUCGUGCCCGGCGACGCGUCGUACGACUCGGGGCUGAAGCCGCUCAACCUGAAGUACGACCCGUCCACCUGCCUCGACAUCCUCAACAACGGACACUCCUUCCAGGUGACCUUCGCGGACGACGCCAACAGCUCAACUCUGACAGACGGACCCAUCUCAGGGAUCUACAGGCUCAAGCAGUUUCAUUUCCACUGGGGGGCGUGCGACGGGAAGGGCUCCGAGCACACGGUGGCCGGGACCAAGUAUCCUGCUGAGCUGCAUCUGGUGCACUGGAACACCAAGUACGCGAGCUUUGGAGAAGCAGCCAGCAAGUCCGACGGACUGGCUGUUGUCGGAGUUUUCCUGAAGAUCGGUGAUAAAAAUGCUAAUCUCCAGAAGCUUCUCGACGCCUUCGAUGCCAUCAAGGCCAAAGGCAAGCAGACCACCUUCGACAACUUCGACCCCGCCACCCUGCUCCCUGGUUGCCUGGACUACUGGACGUACGACGGCUCCCUGACCACGCCCCCUCUGCUGGAGAGCGUCACCUGGAUUGUCUGCAAAGAGCCAAUCAGCGUCAGCCCAGAGCAGAUGGCCAAAUUCCGCUGCCUGCUCUUCUCCGCCGAGGGCGAGGCCGAGUGCUGCAUGGUGGACAACUACCGCCCCCCCCAGCCGCUCAAGGGUCGCCCUGUCCGCGCUUCCUUCAAGUAAUGCCCCCUCCCCCCUCCUCUGUUUGCCCUUUCUUGCCCUCUCCCUACCCCCCCCUUCCCCUAACCUUUAGUCAGAGAUAUCUCUCAGUGCAGUGAGCCACGAAGUGCACACACACACACACACACACACACACACACACACACACACACACACACACACACACACACACACACACACACACACAUAUCUCUCUCCGUCCAAUUUUUUAAAAAGAAUAAAUGAGCUUCCCCGUUUCCCCAUCGCUUUUCGGUGCCGGGAGAUCGAGCCCCUGCAGCAUUCGCAAACGAUACACCCUGACGUAAGACAAAACACAUUCAUGGUGGAGGCCACGCGUUUACCAAGAUUUGGCAUCUGUGUGCCAAUGUUUUUAGAGACACCACACCAAUGUGUGUAGAUCUUCCUCUUUUCUUUUUUUUUCCCCACCGAAAACAUGAAAUAUGAAGUCAAAACAAAAUUGUGUUCUGGGCCCACUGCGAAGCAGGAAGCACUAGGUCGUUGCAGUAGUCAAGGAGGGAGGAUAUAUCACCAUCUGUGAGGAGGAGGAGGAGGAGGAGGAGGAGGUGUAGAUGAAAACACACACACACACACACACACGCUGCCAGUCUGUCUGUAAUCUCUGACUGACUGCCAGCGUCUGCACCACGACAGCUUAAUGAAACGCUGCGGCCGCCUCCGUCGCCUGCCGGUUGACGCAGAAAAUCCCCCGCCGGCUCGCUCCACAUUGCACGCGCCGCCUCGUGCAGACGCGGUGCCUACAGGCACUGACCUGCUUAUUGAGUCGAAAAUCCAGCGGACAGCAGCGACAGAGGACACAAGGACAGACCGCGGCGAGUGCAAGCUACUGACACGUCCAUGUGGACGCCGUGUGUUUCUCCGUGGCCACAGCCUCAUCUCUAAACCUGCCACGUGCUUGUCAUCCCAUGUUGUGUUGUCGUUAUUAUUAUUACAAUGGAUGUCGUUGUUUUUUAGCCUGACUGGUUAUGCAAAAAUAAGUCUUAAGUAAUUCCUCAAUUAUGCUCUUUGCAAUUUCCAAUGCUCUGCUAAUAUAACAAUAGGGAGGAGGGACCCUCCUUUUGGUAUUGUGUUUUGGUUUCUUCUUUUUUUUUUUUCUUCGAAAAAUGAAAUGUAACGUGUGAAGAAAAUCCCUUCACGUGUUGUUUUGAAUUCUCAAAUGUGUCGCGCGCUAAUGCUCCAAACGCACACGGUCGCCCGCGAAAAAGGCGACGCCAUAGUUACUAAUGCACGAAGCCAAGGAAGAAGAGAACCUGCCAACAGACACGACUGAUGGUGUCAGCCUGGUGUCAGGCCCUGCACAGGGGAAUAAUUCAUGAUACGCUCUACAUGAGCUUCCCUCUCCGCUCAUAGGGACCUCCAGGUUUGGCCCUGAGAGCAGAAUCUGAAACAUUAGGGACAAAGAUGAUGUAUUUCCUAAAAAAGAUUGUAAUUAGUGUUUUUUUUUAAAAACAAACAACAAAAAAAAAAGCCUCAUGCCAACUACUGUUAGGGCCGUCCCUCGAGUAUGUGUCGUUGUCUCUUUUGGAAGUGGACGUUUGACUAGUUAAAUAAAUAUAUUUUAUGACUAA